GAACGAGUGGUGGGGUUUGGCGGGGUGGUGUAUGCAAGGGUCUUCUUGGACAGCCUUGUUUCAUGCUGGCAGUGGUGAUGGACACCAAUGCCAUUACUCACGGUGCAGGCAUGUCCAGAAUGUAUUCUUAGCCCCCGUCUUCCUAUCCGUCACUGGAGAAGGGUUGCAGGGUCAAAAAAUAAAGAGGUAACCAGUCUGCAGGGCUGUCUGCACCACCGCUGUUUACCGGGGAGGCUGUGAUAUUUUAAACCAGAGAGAGCCCACAUAUUUACCCCCAGGAGCUUGACCGACCUUGUCAUUUGGUGGGGCAAAGAAUCUGGAGACCACUGAUAGAGAGGAAAGAAAGAGGAGACGCUUACCUUUUAGUUCUCCUAGCUUGAGCUUUCAGAAGAGUCCUAGAGACACGAAGAGAAGGGGAAGAGAUUAUUUGGAUUGCCCCUGAGCACAGGACUGGGAAGAGACGGUCGAAGCCUGAGCAGUGCAGGAAGCUUGACGAUACAGCGGUAGGAGAACGAGCAAGGCACCUCCAGGGAGGGGAGAGGGAGCCAGGCUGAGUUGACCUCCACUCCAGAGGAGGAGCGGCAGUAGCCAGCCAGGGCUGGUCCCAAGGCUGGCAGGGCUGGCCCCAAUGCUUCUCCCCCUCCAUCCUCACCACCUCCUCCGGACCUCCUCCUACUCCUCGCUCUAGCCCCAGACAAAAACUACAACGCAUAGAAAGAAUCCCUUGCUAAGCUCAUGACACCGUCCGUGGAACUCUGCGUUCAUCAAGAAACAAGAGAACUCAAGAGAGGAAACUGAAGAAAAGCAUCACUGCAACACUCCCUUCGACUGAGGCUCCCUUCGAUCACCUGUUCUGUUUGCAUUCACUGGCUGAGUGUACCUGGGGGCAGUUUAUUUGUAAAUUUUUCUCUUUAUUUAUUGUUGCCUUGAACCGGAAAGCUGGCUUCCUACGCGGCAACCCUGUGCAAGGACCAUUUGCACUCACCCAAGAUGAGCCGCUGGUUACAACAAUGCACUUCCAUGCACUUUAACACAGAUUGGAAUAAGUAUGACGACCGGCUGAUGAAGGCGGUGGAACGGGGGGAAGUGGAUAAGGUGGUCGCUGUCCUGAGCAAGAAGGGCAUCACUCCCACAAAGUUGGAUGUAGAAGGACGCUCUGCGUUCCAUUUAGCCGCUACACGAGGACACCUGGACUGCCUUAACCAAAUCCUUGGACACAAUGUGGACAUCACCGCAACCGAUGCCACUGGUAAAAAUGCACUUCACCUGGCCUCAAGAAAUGGACAUUCUCUCUGUGUCCAGAAGCUCUUACAGCACAACUGCCCGGUCGGUAAUGUCGAUCUUCAGGGGCGAACAGCACUGCACGAUGCCGUCAUGGCUGGCUGCACAUCCAGUGUCAAACUCCUCUCUGACAUCGGGGCUUCAGUGAACGCCAGUGACUUCGAUGGGAGGACGCCGCUGGUGCUGGCCACCCAGAUGUGCCACCCACACAUCUGUAAGCUACUGCUGGAGAGGGGAGCUGAUAUCACCCUCCGGGACAAGCAGAACAAGACAGCGCUGAUCCUGGGCUGUGAGUACGGCUGUAAGGACGCCGUGGAGGUCCUGCUGCGGGGGGGGGCGGACGUGACGGCGGUGGACGGCCUGGGUCACGACCCCUACCACUAUGCCCGCCUCAACAAGAACCAGGAGCUCCUCGCCAUCGUCAAGACCCACCUGGACAACGCCAACAGAGUGAAAGAAGCUGUCAAGUUGGAACAAAGAAAGCGUCAGCAGUCGCUGCGUAAGGCAGAGGAGAAGCCAGAGGUGUCUGAUUCCAAAAGAGACCAGAAGAUUCAUGACUUGGAGAAACAGAAUGAGAACCAACAGGAGAGUUUGCGGAAGUUCCAGCAGGAGCAGAGGACUCUUUUGGAGCAGGUCAACAUGUUGCAGCAACAGUUAACUCAGGAAAAAAUCCCUGUUGAAGAUGUAAACAAAGAGAGGGAACAGCUGAAGAGGCUUGGGAGUGUCAAGGACAGAGAGGAGGGGCCUCGGCCCCAAGAAACGGUCAAGGUCCAGCUGAAGAACACCGUGGGGGACUAUUCCGGACAGUCGGUGAUAAAGGGAAAGGAGAACAUUUUGUCCAGGCAAUCUCACAGCUUUGAUUCUUCUCAGAUGCUCCAGAACACCGGGGCCUCGCACUUCGGCCCCAGAGCCGCGGGGUCCGGUCCACACGCAGCGGGAUGGGACCCCGCGGGCGACACGGACACGCUCCGGCGGGAACUGGACACUGUGAGGAAACGGCUGCAUGUGGCCGAGGAGGACCGGGCCCGCUUGCAGUCGACGCUGAACCGCAAGAAUCAGGAGUGCCAGGACGUGGCGGCCAGCCGCGAGGCGCUGCGGAAGCAGGCGGACCGGCAGGUCCAGGAGCUGGAGGACGCCCUGGGCGACGUGCAGAAGAGGAUGGUGGACUCGGAGUGCAAGGUCAAGCAACUGCAGGCCCACGUGGUGGCGGUCAAGGAGCACCUCGGAGGCCAGGCGGCCGACGAGCUCCGUGGCCAGCUGCAGGAGGUCAAGGCCAAGUACGAGGGGGCCUCGGCCGAGGUGGGCCGCGUCCGCAACCGCCUCAAGCAGAGCGAGAAGGCCCUGGAGGAGUACAAGAGCAGCGAGGGCCGGCUCGCCACCGAGGCGGAGCGGCUGGGCCGGGAGCUGGACGCGCUGCGCGGCGAGCGGGACGCGCUGGCUGGCGCGCUGCAGGCGACGCAGGGCCAGCUGCAGGAGGCCAAGGCCAAGCCCGGCAACGUGGUGCCGGCCGAGAAGUUUGACAACAUGAAGAACCUGCUGACCAACGCGGUGGACGAGAAGGAGCGGCAGCUGGCGGAGCUGAGGGAGGACUACGACCGGGUGCUGGAGGAGGUGGCUGAGCUCCACCGGGCGGCGGACAGCCAGCUGCCGCAGGCGGGGAAGGCCACGAUGCCAUCGGAGGAGCACCAGCGCAUCAGGGCCGCGCUGGACGACCAGAACGCAUCGCUGAAGAGGAGGCUCGCCGACGUGACCGCCAAGAGCCAGGAGCUCAUCCGAGAGGUGGAGGAGAGCGAGGAGGAGCGGGAGAUCCUGCGGGAGCAGCUGGACGAGCUCAACGGCAGGAUGGAGGCUGAGUUCGUGCCCCUAGGGGAGCACGAGGAAGCCAAGUUGAACAUGGUGAAGGCCAUGGAAGAACUUGAAGACAAGAUUGUGGAAGCCAGUGAGCGCUUUGGCAAAGCAGAGGCACAGGUGCAGCAGCUCGACAGCGACCGGGCGUCCCUACGCCAGAUCGUCACCGGUCUGAAAGCUUCCAGUGAGAAGCAGCAAAGCGAAAUGGAGGCCGUUCUGUCUCAAAAGGCUGAGAUGGCGGGGCGGCUGGAGCUUUUGCAGAAGAAGUGCGAGGAGCGAGAGGGAGAGUUGGCCCGCCUGACGGAGCAGAGCGGGUCUCUGGAGCAGAGGCUGGACAGGGACUACGUACCCAGAGAGCGGCACGAGCAGGUGAAUAGGGAGCUCAGCGUGGAACUGGAGGCCGCUGUAGCCCAGAUAUCCAAACUGGAAGCCAAGGAAAAAGAAAGUGGUGAAGAGUUGAGGAAUGUGAAAGACGGAAGCAACAUGUUGAAAGAAAAGCUGGAGAAAGUUCUCUGUGAGAUGGAAAAGGAUUACGUGAGCCUGAAGGAGCAUGACAGCAUCAAGGUCAAGUUGAGCAACAAGGUGAGUGAGGCAGAGAGCAAUGCAAAGGGAAUGUCUGAAAUGUAUGCGUCAUCCCAAGAGGAAACGAGAAAGCUGAAUGAGGAACUUGAGGCCCAGAAGAAAGAGCUUGACACCAUCCAUGAGGCGAUCGCAUCCAAGUUUGUCCCCAGGACGGCCGUGAAGGAGGAAGAAAACUCCCAUAAGGCUAAGGUUCAAGACCUGACUGAGAAGCUAUUGCAAAUGGAGGAGAAUUACAAUACAGAGAAAUCGGCAGGAGAACGCCUAAGGCGGGAGAUGGAGGACCUACGUCGAGAGGUCGGUUCAUUGCAGGAGAGACUUGAAAAUGCUUGCAAAAUGAGCAAGGAAGCGGAAGGGCAGUUCAAGGGCAGGUUGGAGGAGGCCACGCUGAAGUCAUUGGAUGCAGUGCGCGAGUACAGGGAAGAGGCCACCAUAAGGGCCAAACUGGAGGAGCAGAAUGCACUGAACCACGCCAAGAUCCACAGCCUCGAGGCGCGCCUCCAGGCGGAGUCGGCCCGUGUCCAGGGCUACGACCAGGCGGCCGUCCUCGCGCAACACGGCCAGGAGAAAAAGGCCUCGGAGGCGGAGGUGGCGGAGCUCCGCGGGCGCCUCCGCGAGGAGCAGGAGAAGGCUGAGGACGUGGCGGCGCUGCGGUCGGAGCUCCUCCGGGCCACCCACGCCCUGGAGGAGCUCCGGGGCAGCGAAGAGCAGGCGAGCCGGCUGAAGGCGGAGAACCGGCGGCUGGAGGGGGCUGCGGGCGAGCUGGGCGACCGGCUCCUGGGGGAGACGGAGCGGUGUGACGGGCUCCAGCGCGACACCGUCCAGGCCCGCGAGGCGGAGGAGCGGGCGAGGACGGAGGUGAGGAGCAUGCUGGAGAAGGGCCAGGCCACCGACCGCGAGACGAGGGAGCUGAAGGAGAGGUACGACGAGUCCAUCGGCACCAUCGGAGACCUCCAGAGGAGGAUCCAGCUGUCGGCAGAGCAGAUCCAAGUCAAAGAGAAGAAGAUCGUGGAGCUGAUGACAGAUGUGGAGCAGCUGAAGCAGGCUGUGAACGGUCUGUCUCAGCUGGCGUACGCCGGCAGUGCGCCCAACAAAAGACAGACGCAGCACAUUGACACACUCCAAGGCCAACUCAAGAGCCUGCAGCAGCAGCUGGCUGACGCUGAGAGGCAACACAGGGAAGUGGUGUCCAUCUACCGAACUCACCUCCUCAGUGCCGCACAAGGCCACAUGGAUGAGGAUGUCCAGGCCGCCCUGCUCCAGAUAAUCCGCAUGAGGCAGGAGUUUGUCUGCUGAAGGGAGCUGCCCACAGUGUGUGUGUGUGUGUGUGUGUGUGUGUGUGUGUGUGUGUGUGUGUGUGUGUGUGUGUGUGUGUGUGUGUGUGUGUGUGUGUGUGUGUGUGUGUGUGUGUGUGUGUGUGUGUGUGUGUGUGUGUCAGUCAACCGGCCACUCUGUAAUUGCCUACACAUGUACACAGGUUGUACAUUGGCUGGGAAGUCCAUCGGAGACGUGUAUGUAGAGCACUUGAAAACCUUAUUGUGUGAGGAUCUGUCUGUGAAUUACGACUCUUUUUGAAGCGAUGCAUUUUCAGUGAUUAGGGCCUUUUAUCUCUCAAGGGGCUGUACCUGCUGCCUAUGCUACUAUUGUCUACUUCUACUAAUGAAUGGUGUAAAGCACUGCUUGGACUUGGGGGAUUCUGGGAAACCAUUUCUGUGUUCUGGUUGUGAACUCUUGAACCACCCAGCUGAAGGGUAAGCUGAGAAGCCCAGAUUGUAUUCUGAUUCUGAUUCACUGGACCAUGUACACUGUGUCUACUGGUCGGAUCAUUUAGGUCCCAGCACCUCUGUUUCCUACACUCACCUCUACUAGUAGUACUAGUAGAGAGAUACACAAAACAUUUUCCGGUGGUGAAAAAAACGCAUUUGAGGUGAAAAAAAAACAUAUAUAUAUAUAUAUAUAUAUAUAUAUAUUCAUAUCCCAUAAUUAAGUCUUCCGUAAGAAAGUUGGCCAAGUAGGACAGCAUUUGUUGGUGUAUGAAUGAGUGAGACCGUUUCAAGGUAUUUAUUUUUUGAUACAGUGAUUCGUAGAUGGGUUUUAGGUUAGCUAUUCAAGAGUAACCAAACAAUGAGAUCAAAUGAAAUACGACCUCAGGGAUAGAAACGGCAAUUGCAACAAGCUGUUGUUUCACCAGUGAUGAUACUAAUUGGCUCUAAUGAGUGAAAACUGAUGCCUCUUGCAUUCUAUAUUUAGUCUGCAUGGCAUGUGACAUGGCACUAACUGUCGACAGGGCAUCCUCGCUUCGGCUCCUGUCCCUUCGGUUGGAUUUGUAGCGUUUGGUUUCACGAUUUGAUUGAAAUCAUGGACACGAGUCCUGGUGUCGCUGAAUGGGUAACUGAGAAGCCGCUUCUUGCUGAGUUGUGAAGAGCAGAUCCCAUUUGCUGUGUGCUACAGUUUGCUGUGGUGCAUCCUCCUUCUAGCUGAAACAAGAGUGCCCUCUAGUGCUAGGACUUGGCAGGCCAAGUCAAUAGGAAAUUAAUAAAAGUGGCUCGGGGUUGGGCAACAGUUAUUUUAAAAGAAACAUUUGCAUGUUUGGUCGUAACAUGAAGAUUAUUUGACCAUUGGAUUUUAGAAUCCAAAGCUUUUAAAAGUCAUACCCAUAAAAGGGGUAGUUGGGAUAUACUAUAUUAUUGUAAAAAUAUAGUAAAAGCUUAUCUUCAAUGCUGUUAACAGCAUUGCAAAAUCGUAAUGAAAAUCCCCCACUUUACUUCUCAAUCGUUGAAGUGUAAAUCUGUGUUCACCUUUAUCCAACCCAAGAAAUGAAUUCCCUUGUUUUUUUUUAAACAAAUGUUAUUCAACCCUGAGCCAGCUCUCGUGACUUGUCAUGAUUUGUUUUCGUGGUGUUAUGAUUGUUGAGCUAGUCUCUUUACACUGAUAUAUAUUUUUCAUAGCUUUGUACUACUUUGAUUACUCUACACUAUGUGAUGAUAUAGAUGAUAUUCAGCUGGUCUGGAGUAGAAUGGCAUACACUCUGAGGAUAACCUUUUACUUUAAGAAGCUAUUUGAUGAGUUAAAUGAAAUGGGUUUCUUUUUUCUGUGGAUGGCUACCAUUUUAUGUUUGCCAAAGUCAAGCACUCCAACGUCUUCUUCUCAAGGCUGACAUGCUCUGUAAACUCCAAUUAAUCAAUAGUUGGUCUUAUACCUUUUUAGCAACAACAAAAAAAUCUAUAACGUACAAAAAUAUUUAAAGGUUAAUGGUACUUCCAAAUCUAUAUUUUAUUUGUUUAAAAGUUGUUGGUGGUCUCAAGUUGUAUCUGUCCUUUACUAAAACAACAAUGUGUCCAGUUAAUACAAUAUUAGCCAAAUCUGUCAUUUUCUUUUCUUUGAAAAAAAUACCCUUUGUGUUUUUGAAAUAGUGAUGCAAGAUCAAUUAAAGUGCCUAACAUAGAAAACAAA